AUGUCUGUGAUAUUAUGGGCUGGCGACGUCGGCGCAGAGGCGGGUUCACGGUCGUGGUACAGGGUCGUUGGGGCUCUGCCGGCACAUGGGAGGCGCCUUGUGACGCGUGAGUGGGAACGUGCCUAA